AUGGAGCAACUCGCCCCCGAGAUCCUUUCGAGUAUCGCUUUAUGUUUGUGGGAAGACUCGGAAGAGUCGCUAGCCCCAUUCGCAACCUUGUCUCGGCAAUGGCAACCUUAUAUUGAGGCUCAGACAUUUCGCCGCCUGUUUCUAAACCCAACCAGACUCUCAGAGGCAAUAAGUCAGAGCAUUCUUACUCCAACACGCCUUUCCUGUCUCCGCUACUUGCGGUGCGAAUUCAUUUUCCCCGCUCAUGAAACUGAUUCCACAAAUCCGGACGACGCGGAUGAUGAGAUAGUCUUUGUCAAGAUAGUUACGCAACUUUUCAGCCUCUUGAGUAAAACACCUCCCUGCAAGGAUCCACUGGUGUACCUCUGCCUCGAGAUCCCAGUACCCGGUGUUUUCGGGUCUUCAGAACAGUAUGCCAGCGACUAUGGCGAACCUGUAGACUACCCAUUUGUCGCUCAGGGACAAGUGCGGACUUCAUAUCUAGACUUUCCGCCAGGCUACGAAGAGGAGCUUCCGGAACUACCCAUGGUGUAUAAAAUGUCGACCAAUCUCAUCUCUAGAAGCGUCGUCUUUUCUCCGCGUUCGAUCUGCUUGAUAGCGAGCAAGAUGCCCAGGUUGAGAAAAGUGAACUGGGAACUCAGCGACGCGGAGAAGCUUGAUACGGGCCUUGCCGGCACGCUCAAGAGGCUACCAAUGUCCAUCGAAAUGUUCCAUCUCACAUAUGUUCGAGAACUACCAAACAACCACUCUUUUCAACCUCCCAGCAUCAUCCCGCCCGACUCCCAGCAAGAUCCAUUGAGCGAAGCGCUUUGCGAGUUCACACAAAGGAUAGGGCUUAAAGACUUUACCUUUUCCGGUAGUGUUGAUCACACUAUAUUCUGGCCUUCAUCGGAAAGCUCAGACGAGCAGCCCUAUUGGCCAAGUCUCAAGUCUAUAGACGUCUACCCUCACGAGGUCCUCCCUUCAGGGGAAUGGCUUACCAUGCAGAGACCAGGCAGUCGGCUACCCCCGAGUGUCAUGAUACAUCUCGCAGCCGACAUCCCAGGCGAGGGACUCGAGCGGCGUUUCCGAGACUACCCCGUCUAUUCACUCAUGGAUCCCUUCUUCCGCAACAUGGGGAAAUGCGUAGCCCGGAUGCCGAAAGUCGAGUACUGUUCCAUCAGCUUCAGCGACGCAUGGCUCUCAAAUCUUCAUUUCUGCACAGAGUUUCCCGAGAUCCCUUGCCUUGUACUAGCUGGUAAGCCAGAACCUGAAGUGGGAAAGGAGACGUCGGAUAUCUGGCGGGAGGCUGUCAAGGUGCACAACAAGGACUUUCGGCUACAUUUUAAUGCAGACGACCCAUUUUCUUUGAAGCAUUUCUCGGGAGUUUACGAAGAGAUGGACGUCGGGGAGAAUUCCGUGUAA